AUGAAGGACGCAGUCAGUAACAUUUUAGAGCAAUUUAAUAAUCGUUUUGGUAAAUACCCAAAAUUCGCCCAGUUUGAUCAAGGCACAGAGUUCUACAACAAAGAUGUAAAGUCAUUGCUCAAUAAACAUAACAUUGAGUUUUUCUCUACUUACUCAGACAAAAAGGCCGCAGUUGUGGAAAGAUUUAACAGAACACUGAAAGCACUAAUGUGGAAGUACUUUUACAGUGCCAGUACAUAUAAAUGGUUAGACGUCCUUCAAGACUUAACUGAUAAUUACAACAGUUCAGUGAACAGAUCAAUUAAAACAACACCAGACAGUGUAAAUGAGUCCAACUGGACUGAAGUAUGGAAGACACUUUUUAGUCACAAUUUAGGCAAGCCGUCAGAACCAAAGUUUGCUGUCGGAGAAAGUGUUAGAAUUUCAAAAUACAAAUCAGUGUUCACAAAAGGGUACGAAGCAAACUUCACAGAGGAGUUGUUCACUGUGACAGAAGUGUAUCACGGCCAUCCAAACACGUACACAAUAAAAGACAGUGCUGAUGAACCAAUAAUUGGCAGAUUCUAUGAACAAGAACUGUAUAGCGCUGAAGGAAGAGAACCUGAUUUCAAAAUAGAGAAAGUACUAAGAAGAAGAACAGUGAAGGGUAAAAAGAUGGCCCUAGUUAAGUGGUUAGGUUAUGAUGACAAAUUUAACAGUUGGAUACCAGCUGGAGACAUCAAGUCCCUAACAUAAGUUAAGGUAUUAUGGAGGACUACGAUGACCGCGAUGAUACUGAGUUGGAGGAGGUAGAAAAAAGUUAUCCUCAAUAUGACGACCUUGAUUAUGAUGACCUAACGACAGCCUUUAAUAGGUUAGAUAUAGGGGUGAAGGCUGAGGCUAUGUAUGGUGAUGAUCCUAUAGUAUUAACUGAUCUUAAAAGUGAACUGGACUAUGUGAAGAAUCUUAUGGAGAGACGUGAAAUAGAAGAAACAACUUUCACCGAAGGAAAUGAUGGUACAGUGAACAUUUCAGGUCCAUCAGGAAGCACAACCACCCCGGGAGUAGAUUUUGUAGAAGAUCCAAACAAUGUACUUCCAGACGUGCUAGAUGCAUUCAACGAAUCAUUUGACGCUGACUGGGACGAAAUAGAAGCCCGCCUAGAGAAACUAAAUAAGAUUUCAACAGAAAAUAAAAAGAGAGAUUUUGAAAACCAGGUGGAGCGUGUUCAAGCUGUCACAAGAGUUAUCAAGGGCAAGGAGGGACUGAUACUGGAUCCUAGGAAUAGAUACGUCAGAGAACUCAUAAAACGAUCAUCUGUAAGAACACUCAAGGAUGGCACAGAGGUGUUGGUAUUUAGAAGUGAACAAGGUAUUGACAAAAGUGGGACACAAAUAAUGAAACGUGGUUUUUCCAACAAACCUGUGUACUCAAAGAGCUCACCUGCACUGAGAGAAUACAAGGACCUUCUAAAGAAAAUAAAAGAGGUACCUACAGAUCCUGACGACAUAAUUGAAAGAGAAGAGCCGCAAUUUGAUACCAGUGAUGAGGAAUACGCUGACCGUGAGAAUAUUGAGUUAAUAGAUAUAAGUGUAAAAUUAGGAGAUCUUCCUGGGUUAACAAUGCAAGAAAACAAUGAACUGAGGGGUGUUCUUAACCCACCUGAUGGAUCAAGUAUAGAAGGCAGAACAGGUCCCGGUGGAGCGUUGCAAAUACAAGCUGACUACUUUAACGAAGCUAUUAAUGAAACCGUGAAACAAGCCGGCUCAGCGAAGGGUACAACUGAGUACAAUGCUCUUAUAGAAAGAAUUGAUAGUCUAAAGGAAGCUAGGGAUAGGACACUAGAGCAGAGAGUAGUAGAGGAAGCAAGAGAGGCACAGUUGGAAGAUAUUUCUAGAUUACGUAGAUUUAUAGACUGGGUAGGAAAGGAAAAGGUGGGACUUGUAGGGAUAGCAGUGUCAACAGCUAGUUUAAUUACAGCCCUAUUAAUCCAUGCUAGGGGAGCCAUUGUUAAGACAGCAAAGACCACUAGUAAAGUAGCAAAAGCACUAGCAAAUUUAGCAAAGAAAGCAGGACCAAUUCUAGUUCCAAUCCUGAACGCAGUUGCAACAGCGCUAUCCUGGGGAGCCAAAGGAAUUGCAUGGUUGGCGUCACACUUAUGGGUAUUAGCUAUAGCUGCAGCCUUAAUGGUAUAUAACUAUUACACAAAGUAA